AUGGGCAGUUCAUCCUCAAGCUCCUUGUGCCCAACCGGCUACAACCUUUCCAGGUCGAACUACAUUCAGCUGAUGAAGAUUGGAUCUGGAAGCUUUGGGGUUGUACUAAAAUGUAUCAAAGUGGACACCCAAGAGAUCGUUGCUGUAAAGAUCCAAGAAGCUAACAGAAACUUUGAAAAUGAGUAUAAUAUUUUAAAGUUCCUCAUGACUAACAACUUGGACAAGAAGAACAUCGUCAAGUUUAUUGAGAUGUUCCCACUUCAGAACAACAAGAGAGCCUUAGUGUUUGAGAUGCUGGAUCAGACUCUUCAAGAUCAUUUGAGAAUGACAUACCGCUGCACCUCAACCCCUCCGGAUCUGGCCAGCAUCAGAAGCAUCAUCCAUCAGAUGGCCAUAGCCUUGGAUGAUCUGAAGACCAACAAAGUGAUCCACUCAGAUAUAAAGCCGGACAACAUCAUGUUGCUGCAUCGUGUAGAGCAGCCUGUAAAGGUUAAGCUCAUUGACUUUGGAUUGGCUUUUCCAACCAGUUUAGCAACGCAGGGCUCUAAAGUACAACCUACAUUUUACAGGGCUCCAGAGAUUAUUUUAGGACUGCCCUUUUCAGAGGCCAUCGACAUGUGGUCUCUUGGUGUUGUGAUGGCGUACAUGCUGACUGGAUACUUAUUAUUUCAAUCAGAUUUGGAAUAUAUCGUUCUGCAAUACAUGGUGGAGCUCCUCGGUGCUCUUCCAGGCAAUAUAAGUGGUGGGAAGUUUACCGAAAGAUAUUGCAAAAAGACCCCAUCUGGCCAAUGGAGGCUGAAGACCCCUGAGGAGUGUUUAUUAAGAAGUGCGCAUAUAGAAACCAGGCCCUAUCUUUUCAGAAACCUGGACCAGCUGGAAACAGAAACCCACCUUGCUAACGAGGACAAUGAUGAGAAGAAGGCGUGCAUCGACCUUUUGAAGGCUAUGCUUCAGAUGGAUCCCAGCAAAAGGAUCACCCCGAGCCAAGUCCUUGCCCAUCUGUUCAUCACCAGAAGAAACUUCCAGCAAAGCUCCAACCCCAGCAGCAGCAGAAGUGGCUUGAAUAAACAGACCCCACAAAAACCCUUAUUGAUCCAGGUUAAACCUGCGCCCCCCAAACGCUGCCUGAAACUGGAAGAAGACACAGAAGACGAACUUGUGGAGCUACAAAUGAGACCUCGUCUUCCCCCAUAUUUCUCAGAGGACAGUGACACUGAAGAGAAGACCUCAGAGGACAGUGACACUGAAGAGGAGACCUCAGAGGACAGUGACACCGAAGAGGAGACCUCAGAGGAGACCUCAGAGGACAGUGACACCGAAGAGGAGACCUCAGAGGACAGUGACACUGAAGACGAGACCUCAGAGGACAGUGAAACUGAAGAGGAGACCUCAGAAGACAGGACCGUCUCCUCAGGUGACCCCGCUCCAGAUGAGAGAACACAGAAGGAGGAGAAGAAGAAGAGGAAGAAGAAAGGUGGAAGCUGUCUGGUCCGAUUCUGUCGGUGGCUCCUGAUGAAGCUCCGUCUCUGCACUGCAACUGUGCAUGCCACCGACUGA